AGCAAUGCUGAGUGACAAUAACUCUGUGAAGCCGAAAAGUGGUAGUUCACCUCCUGUGCAAUGGUGUAAGGUGGCUGCACAUGAAGAUGAGAAGACCAAGCUGGUUUUUAAAAGGUACUCGCAAACUUCUUGCACUGUUUGUGGUUGGAGGGUGCUUCCUUUAUAUCCUCAAAUUACGUUUUGGCCCUGAAGAAUGUGAGAGAACAAAAAUGCCAUAUGUGGACCUCGAUCGCGUAAGGAGAGCACAACAGUAUGCCAGCGCUGCAUUGCAGGAACAGUGCCGGCCUUCUUACGUGAAGAAAGAAAUGGGGAAGUUAUUUGCGGAGAAAUAUAGCAUGGACAUACCUCCCUUCGUAAGAAAAAAUGUAAAUGAAGAUGAAGCUUUAUUUAAAUAUGAACCUCCUUUUGGAUUUCACAAGUUCUUUGAUAAGCUUAAAAAUCUCCUUGAACUCUUACCUGAGCAUGAUUUGCCAGAAGAUUUGAAGUCAAAACACUGUAAGCGUUGUGUUGUCGUUGGCAGUGGUGGAAUUCUUCAUGGGUCAGAGCUGGGUCACUUAUUGAAUCAGUUUGAUAUUGUUAUAAGGUUAAAUGAUGCACCAGUUCAAGGAUACACAGAUCACGUUGGUAACAAAACUACUAUACGGAUGACUUACCCGGAAGGAGCCCCCCUUUCUGAACAUGAGUAUCCUCCUGCUAGCUUGUUUGUGGCUGUUUUGUUUAAAAGUGUUGAUUUCAAUUGGCUUCAAGCAAUGGUAAAAAACGAAACCUUGCCUCUGUGGAUGCGACUCUUCUUUUGGAAGGAGGUUGCUGAGAAAAUCCCUUUUGCAUCAAAGCAGUUUCGGAUUCUGAAUCCAGUCAUCAUCAAAGAGACAGCUUUGGACAUUUUACAGUUCCCUGAACCUCGAUCAAAAUUCUGGGGUUGGGAUAAGAAUGUUCCUACAACCGGGGUCAUAGCAGUUGUUCUGGCCACACAUUUAUGUGAUGAAGUGAGCUUAGCAGGGUUUGGAUAUGACCUCGAUCAGCCCAGCACACCUUUGCACUAUUACAACAACCUCUGCAUGGCUGCCAUGAACAGACAACCUAUGCACAAUGUGACAAGCGAAACAAAAUUCCUGCAAAAACUGAUCAAAGAAAAAGUUGUCAAAGACCUCACUGGUGGGAUACAUUGUGAAUUCUGCGGUGAAGACAGCUAGUGAUUGAAGUGCGGCAUGGUUUGGAUUUGUUAAAUUUCCAGAGGUUCAGCUGGAACAACCUU